ACCUACAAAAGAGCACAUUUAUGGAAAAAAUCCGUUUACUUAUUGGUUUUUCCUCGCAAGAUGGAGAAGGAUAAAUUUAAAAUUCUAAGUCUGCACAUCAACGUGUUAAUAUUUUUGCAAUUUUGGCCCAAUCCGUUAUUCAAUAACGUUGUUAAUAACCAUAUAAUGUCUAUAGUGUGUUUUAUCACAGUUACCUCUUGCAUUCCGUGCAUUUGGACCAUAUACAAGGUAAUUUACAUUUUUACCAACAUUAUAUGUUAUUCAAUUUGUAUCUGGUUUCGUUCUCAGGUGUUUGAGGGCAUGUAUGAUAUCGGUAUCUUGUUCGAAUCCUUCAUUUGCUUCGUCAACAUUAUGGCUUACUUGACCGCCUAUUGGACUAUUUUCAGAAACAAGGCGGUAAUAGAGAACCUUAUCAACGAUAUAUGUAUUUUUCUACCAUAUUGUCCAACUAAUUUAAUACGAGAUACUGAUGCAUCUUCUAUACGCUACACAAAAUAUUUGAUCGUUUAUGUUACACUGGGAGUAUUUGUCAAUUUAGCCUGGCCUGCAAUCAGUCCGGAAGGAUGUAUGCGACAAAGACAGAGCGAGUACCUCUUAAAACAUGACCCUUGUGGAAUGCCAACACACAAUUAUUAUCCUUUCGAUGCCAGUAAACCGAUUCCGUUCUGGAUAGCUUUUGCCUGCGAAGCAUUAUUAACUUGCAAUAUAUGUAUUCUGUUUUCAAUGGUUACAGCCAUUAUUCUAGGUCUUUUAAUGCAAAUAACUGAGCAAAUAAAACAUUGUUGCGACAAGUUUGAACACAUCAAUUUCAAAGGAGAUGUUGAAACCGCAAGGAAAGAAUUUCUAGAGUGUGUUAGAUACCACAGAGCCAUUCUCGAAUAUGCCGAAAGAGUUUUUACAGUGUUCGCUCCCGUGAUGUCGGCAUACUUAGUGGUAACUUCGUUCGCUACAGCUCUUAUCGGUUACCAGAUUGUAGAAACCGACAAUACUCAAGACAGAUUUAGAUAUGCAAUGCUGUUGCUAGCUUGGGGAUGUCUGUUUUUCAUGAUUUGCUUGUACGCCCAGAUUUUACAAGACGAGUCUGUGUUGAUAGCUGAUGCACUUUACAAUAGCGACUGGACGUGCAACUCAAUUUAUUUUAGACACUAUAUAAUCAGGGUAAUUGCCAGGGCGCACAAACCCCUGUAUUUUAACAUUUCGUUUUUGGGAAAAAUCUCCUUAACUCGUUUUGUGUCCGUCAUGAAAACUGCAUACACGGUUUUUACAGUUCUAGUCACAGUUGUAGACCGAAAGUAGGUAACUAUAAUACCACCGAUAAACAAAUAAAUGCACCAAAUACAAAUCAAUCUUGAUACGUUUUAUGCACCUUCAAUAGAACCAAUUUUCAAUAAUUAUGAACACACACUUUUACUGACCUGUAAAAAAUGUGAAGAUUGCGUAUAUGUAAGCUUCUCCAAAAUAUAACAAAAUAUAAUAAAUAUAUUUGAAUAGCGGAACAAUUAACAACUUCUUUUAUUCUCUAAAAAUUGCCGUUAUUUCGACCUUUACUCGCACCUUUCUCAUGGCUGGAGAAACUGAUGACAUACAAAUAAAAUAUUAGAUCGUUUUGUAAUCACUUGCAGCAAAAGUUUCGAGAGAACGACGCGAAUAAAAGGUCGAAACAUCAGCCAUUUAGAAAAUAAAAGGAGUUUUUAAUCCAGUUCCAAGUCCGAUAUCCAAAUAUAAUUAAUUUAAAAAUAUUUAAUUAGAAGCAUUGCAAACAUGCUGUAGUACAAGUUUGUAGUUGUUGCACAGCACUUUUUCCACAGGCCAGUUUGCCAACAUUAAUAAGAAUAAAAAUGUAGCUAAAACGAUAGUAAGUAAGUGAAUAAAGGAAACAUGUUCAGUAGAUAGAGCACACUUGGCUGAAAUAAAUCUAACCAAUCAAA